AUGGCGGCCACCGCGGGUGCUCACUCGUUCCGCCGUCUCACCCUUCAUAACCUGUACAAUCCGGGAACACCGCGCAGGAAAUCCAGUUCUGUGCUCGGUGCUCCGAAUCCCAGCUCUCCGAGCACAUCGACGCCACCGCUUCUCCCAUUAUACUUCUACCACAAGUCGCCGUCGCGACCUCCUUCCAGACCUCCCAGCCGACCGCCAAGCACACCUAGUCGACUUUCUCGGCACAACACUGCCAGAUCUGAUGUGGGUAAGUUGUAA